UAUGUCCAUCAUCUUCUUCUCCUUCUUCCUCUGCUCUGAUCUCUAUUGAUUGAUUUUUUACGACGAUGAUAACAAAAUGUCUAGGCUAAGUAAAGACAUUGAUUCAGCGUUUCAAGGUGUUGGAACUAAAGGUGGCUUGGAGAUUUGGUGCAUCUAUGAUAAUAAUCAGCUUAUAUCUAUCCCCAAGUCUUCUUUCGGAAGAUUCCACUCUGGAAAUGCAUACCUUAUUCUCAGCACGGCUUUGCGCAAGAUCGGAUCUCCACAGUAUGACAUUCACUAUUGGCUGGGAAGUGAUGCAAAUGAGGUGGACUCAACUCUGGCAUCUGACAAAGCACUAGAGUUAGAUGCAGCACUUGGAUGUUGUACGGUGCAAUACCGUGAAGUUCAAGGUCAAGAGACAGAGAAGUUUCUCUCAUACUUCAAACCUUGUAUUAUACCUGUUCAAGGGAAGUAUUCACCACAAAAUGGAUUGGCUGGCGAGACAUACCAUAUCACCUUACUAAUGUGCAAAGGAGACCAUGCUGUUCGUGUUAAAGAGGUGCCUUUUCUCCGGUCAUCACUGAACCAUGAUGAUGUAUUCGUUCUCGAUACUGCAUCAAAAGUUUUCCUCUUUGCCGGUUGUAACUCAAGCACUCAGGAAAGAGCUAAAGCCCUGGAGGUUGUGGAAUACAUAAAGGAUAACAAGCAUGCCGGAAGAUGUCAGGUCGCGACUAUUGAGGAUGGAAAAUUUUCAGGGGACUCAGAUGCUGGUGAAUUCUGGUCUUUCUUAGGUGGUUAUGCUCCCAUUCCCAAGUUUUCAUCUUCUACUGAUCAUGAACAGACUCUAAGUACAUGUGCAAAAAUGUACUGGAUAGAUACUCGGGGAAAUCUACAUCCAACUGGAACAUGUUCUUUGAAAAAAGAUAUGCUUGAGAAGAACAAAUGCUACAUGCUGGAUUGUGACAGCGAAGUUUUUGUUUGGAUGGGAAGAAACACAUCACUCACAGAAAGGAAGACAUCCAUCUCUUCCUCAGAAGAAUUUUUACGAAAGGAGGGACGCUCGACUAGCACAAGUCUAGUACUUCUAACGGAAGGACUAGAAAAUUCUAGAUUCAGGUCAUUUUUUUAUAAGUGGCCUCAGAUAGCAGAGUCUAGCCUUUACAAUGAAGGUCGAGAGAAAAUGGCAGCAAUGUUCAAACGGAAGGGAUAUGAUGUUGCGGAGCUCCCUGAUGAAGAGGAUGAACCUCUCUAUACAAAUUGCCGAGGCGCCCUGAAGGUUUGGCGUGUAGAUGGUGAUGAGGUCUCGCUUCUCUCCAUUCCUGACCAGACGAAGCUAUUCAGCGGAGAUUGCUAUAUUUUGCAGUAUAAUUAUACUUACAAUGAAAGAAACGAACAUCUAUUAUAUGUAUGGAUCGGUUGUGAAAGCAUGCAGCAAGAUAGAUCUGAUGCCAUAUCCAAUGCUAGUGCCAUUGCUGCUUCGACCAAGGGUGAAUCUGUAAUGUUUCAUAUACAUCAGGGAAACGAACCUGCUCGCUUUUUCUCAAUAUUUCAGUCACUAGCUGUUUUUAAGGGCGGUUUGAGUAGACGGUACAAAAUGUUUCUAGUAGAGAAUGCAAACAAAGUUGAAAUAUCUAAUGAGAGCAAGGCUUCUCUUUUCCGUGUUCAAGGGACAAGCCCAAGGAACAUGCAAGCAAUCCAAGUUAAUCUAGCAGCGGCCUCCUUGAACUCAUCCUACUGUUAUAUAUUACACAAUGAAGCUUCUAUCUUCACUUGGAUUGGGAACCUUUCGUCAGUCUCUGAUCAUGAUGUUCUUGACAGAAUGCUUUAUUUCCUUGAUUCGUCUUGGCAACCCAUAUCCAUGAGGGAAGGAAAUGAACCAGACACAUUUUGGGAUUUUCUUGGUGGUAAGGCAGAGUACCCAAAAGAAAAGGAAAUGAGAAAACAAAUAGAGGAACCACGUUUAUUAACAUGUUCCUGGAGCUCAGAUGUACUCAAGGUAAAAGAAAUAUACAAUUUUGUGCAAGACGAUUUAACUACCGAAGAUGUAUUACUGCUUGACUGCCAAAGUGAAGUAUAUGUUUGGAUUGGAUUAAACUCAAACAUAAAGUCGAAGCAACAAGCUCUUACUCUUGGUCUGAAAUUCCUUGAGAUGGACAUUCUGGAGGAAGGCUUAACCGUAAUGACUCCUCUAUAUGUUGUCACAGAAGGCCACGAGCCACCAUUUUUUACCCGUUUCUUUGAGUGGGUUCCUGAAAAGGCAAACAUGCACGGUAAUUCAUUUGAAAGGAAGCUUGCUAGUCUGAAAGGAAAGAAGCCAAGCACUAUGAGAUCUAGUGGAAGCCCGUGGAGAUCACACUCGAAGGAGAACGCAUCUCGUGAUUCACGAAGCCGAUCUGUGAGCUCAAACGGAUCAGAGCGAGGAGUAUCACCUUGCUCAAUCGAAAAGGUUUCAAGUUUGAUCUCUGCAGAAGACAGAAAAAGCAGCAGAAACUCCACUCCAGUUGUCAAAAAGCUUUUCUCAGAAUCUCUUUCAGUGGAUACUAGUAAUGGGUCGGCGAGCUCCAGUUCAGACAUCUCCAAAGAGAAUACACUCGGAGGAAUCAAUCUCGAUCCUAGUCUAGAGUCACUUGCAUAUUCAUACGAACAGCUUAGAGUUGAUUCUAAGGAGCCAGUGACAGAUAUAGAUGCAACAAGAAGAGAGGCGUACCUAACAGAUAAAGAGUUCGAAGAAAGAUUUAAAAUGACAAAAUCAGAGUUCUAUGCACUUGCAAAAUGGAAACAGAACAAACUCAAAAUGUCUCUCCAUCUUUUCUAAAAAAGACCUCACAUACAACAACGGUAAGAUCUUUGGAGCAAGAUAUUUUUUAGGAUUUUACCAAAUGUAACUGUAGUGCGUCUGUGUAGUGCAAUGACCUUCCUGAUAUAAGUUGACGCUUGUUUGUUACAAAUCAUAACAUCAAAUAAAGAGACACCUAAAUAUUA